AUGGCGAGUUGGGAAUAUCCAUCUCAUAAGGAGUUUCCGAAAGUACCCAGCCUUGAAGAAGUAGAUUCUGGAGAUGUACCAGGUAUCUUGGAUGCUCGUGAACAAAAAAUUCGUGAAGACUGGGUAAAAGCAAUGGAGUUUAGAAUGAUUCGAAACAAAUUGAAUCAAUGUUACAAAACAGAGGGUGUUAACCAUCAUCAAAAUUGCAAAGAAUUGUCUGAUAUGUAUUUAAAUCUUCUCAAUGAUAGUAAAGUUAGAGGAUGGAGAGUUCUUGAUGAUAAUAACAAAAAAAAUUUAGAAAAAACUGUUCCAGAAGCUCUUGAAUCAAUAUCUUUAGAACAUAAGAAUGAAUUAUUGUCUGUAAUUCGAAUAUUAAUUAGAUCCUUGGACCAGUAUAAAAGGCCACAAUUCCAAGAAUUACAAGCAAAAAAUAAAGAUCAAUUAUUAACAAUUUUGCAACAAGUUCAGGACAUUCACAAUGGCAAUGGAACAGGAAUGAUAUAA